UGGUACGAAAUGAAUGAUACGAAAUGACUUUGGUACAAAACGACUAGUAUCCAUUCAAAUACUGUAUUCAUAUGUCUGUUAAUUUCGGAUUCAUAAAUUGGAUAUUUUACAACAAAAGUUAUGUUUUUGUUUUAUCGGGUAGUUUUUUUGUGCUCUCUCUCUCAACUAUUUGUAAAUAUUUUUAAGGCACUCAGUCAUGGAUUUCGUGGGCCUUAUUUCUUUAAAUAUGGAUUAUAAAUGGAAAUUACAUUCAUUUGAAUUAAUUUAUUGUGGGCAGCGUUUAAAAGAUGACCGGUCGGCCGAGACAUACGGAAUUAAACAGGGCUGUACGGUGUACGUUCUUCCACACCAGGUGGACCUGCAAGAAAGUGAGAGCAUGCCUGAUCAUGCUGGAGUGUCGGAGGUGGUGACUGCUCUACAGACAGCUUUACUCAAUCCAGCUUACAGAAACAUUGUUGAACGGAUGUUAGCUGACCCAGAGACUAUUGAGAACAUUCUGGCAGCAACUCCAGGGCUGGACCAAGAUCCUGUCUGUAUAUCCAUGCUGCAGGAUCCUGAAUUACUUGCCAUUCUAGCACAUCAGCAGAACAUAUCUAAAUUACUGAAGAAGCACCCGGCGUUUGCUCAGGCUGCCAUCACAAUAGCUGGUGCUGUAAAUCAGGAAGGAUCCAAGGAGGGCUUUAAGACCACCUCAGGGGCUACAUAUUCCCUUGAUCAGCUGUCUGAUGAUGAUGAUGAACCAAGUGCUUCGGGAGGAUCCACUGGUGGGACACAGGCCAUUACAGCGUCACAGCUAGCGGCAGCAUUAGCAGCAGCCACUGGAAUACACCCUCCACCGACAGCGUCUCGACCGUCCACUUCAAGUGGUGGGGAAUCUCAAAUGAUCUCGUCCGAUUUCUUCCAGCAGGCAAUGCUGCAGGCGCAAAACACGGCCACCGAGGGUCAGCUGCAACAGCUCCGAGACAUGGGUAUUAUGGAUGAGAACCGAGCCCGACAAGCCCUGCAGGUGACUGGUGGUGAUAUACAGGCGGCGCUGGAACUGAUAUUCGAAGAGGAAAUGUAAUGUGUUUAGUCUGUGUGAAGAAACAGUACCUAAUAAACUGCAGAGAGAUUUUGAAUGGGUGUCAUAGUGAAUGGAAUUGUUAAAGCGGCAUUCUCAUUAUGCAAUUUGUCGCACCCACUUGUCGCAUGUGAUUUGUCGUUAGAAAUAGGACAUGCUCUAAUCGGUACGACUCCGACAUGACUUGUCGCAUGCAAUAUGUCGUGAGAAGUAGAACAUGCUUGAAUUGGGAUGACUCUGAAACAAUGUAGAUGUUCUUACAGCAUGAUUAAUGUGGAUGAAAAGAAACUGCCAUGAAUUUGCUGCCAUUGUCAAGUUGUUUCUGACCAACAGACUUUUCAAGAACUACAAUUAUGUAUUACAUAAUUUUAUCUUAUUUAUAAUAUCAAUGUCUAAUUUAUCAAUGUGUUUCUGAUUAUGUAGUUGCUCAGACUCCAUUUCAUUUCAGACUCCAUUUCAUUUCGUAAAUUAGAUAUGUACAGUGCUGUCUGGUGUAUCGGCGCACCUAAGCAUUCAAAGACCAUUUUCUAUGGUAACACUGAAAUAAUAAAAUGUGUCUCUCACCAAUGAAGCAGUGCAUAUUCUGAGAUACACCACAAAUUGUUUCAUAUCUGUAGUAAAUAAACAUUUUAAAAUUGUGCAUAAAUGUAGACACCCCCUUGUAUCCAAAACAAUUGGCAUGUCCGGUGAUUCGGUGACCCCGCUAUUUAUAGACCGCCUAUCACCUCACUUUGUAGCCCAUAAACACUACACUAGUAUUGUCCUAGGAUUAUUUUAGUACUUUUUUGUUUUGUCUUGUUAAAAAUAUUACUAUGAAAAUGAACAAUCACACACAUCUCAUGAUCAGUUUCGGAAUCGUUUUCUUGAGUGGCACAGUACUGCAGAUGCAUACAUGUUCAUCAACAUGCAUGACUAAGAUGCCUACAUUUUAUUUCUCGGAUAGAUUGUGCACACACAUGGAUCAUAUUUCACUUUUAUUUUUUGUGACAAUUGUGAACUGGAAUGAAUGUUAAUUAAGGUGUAAAUUUUUUGGGUUUUUUUACAUUUGUUUGUGUUUUUCUUUUCAGUUUAAAUACAAAUGACCAACAAAAAUAAUUAUCCCGUUUACUAUAAUUUUAAAAAUGCAGGAAAGGUGUUUUUAGACUGAUUUUAACAUUCUUAAAUAUCAAUUAGGCUGACCUACAGAUGAAUGAUUUAUUUUGAAAUUAUGAUAUAAUUACUGAUAAUUCUAAAAACAAAAUUAAUUGUACCCUUUACAAUAAAUAUGUUGAUAAACAUUGAAAAAGGAAUUGAACUUUAAUUCAUUAAAAACACCGACAGCAUUACAACUUCCUAAGCAUACUUAAGCAAAAUACCAAGUAUGCCGAAUCACCGGACGCGCCAAUACACCGGACACGGCUGUAUAUAAUCAUUUUUUUUUCAUACAUGACAAAUUACUGGUAUGUAAAAUCCAAUCUGAGUUACUACAAACAUUAAGAUGAUCAGAAAGAGAUUAAAUAUAGAGACCGUGAUAUUUUAAACGAGAAAAUAUAUUUAAAUUGUAAUUAUACUUAAAAUGGCACUACUAGUCAGAAACAUGUUACAGUGGGAACAAAUUCAGUAGAGAUUCUUUAAACUAUUCUGUGUUUUCAAAAGUAAAGAUAAGUACCCUGACCCCCCACCAUCUACACAUUCUGUUUUUAGAGGGAAAUUCCUGACUUUGUCUCGAUGUUUGCAAACAUAAAGAUAGUGUGCUGAUCCCGCACGCCCCUUUCUCUUUGUAAAGAGGCGUAGUCAAUCUGCAUAAGUAAAGAUAUUGUAAGUACGCCCACCCUUGUCACUGCUCAUUUUAAAGGAAUAUUUCCAACUUGGUGUUCUGUGUCUGCAGAAGUCAAAAUAAUAUACUUAUUGCCCCUACCCCCCACUCACCCCCUUCUCUCUUUAAAGGGACAUUCCUCACUUCGAAGCUAUUGUAACAUGUUUCUGACUAACUGAGCCUUUUAACAAUUAAUAUUAUGCAUGGAUUAUAUGUUUGUUCUUAAUAUAUCGGUGUCUGUGUAUCCAGUGUGUUCCUGGUCAUGCUUAUAUUGGAUUUUACAUUGUAGUAAUUUGAAUAGUCAUGUUUUUAAAUAAUGAAUUUGGUAAAUAAAGUGGUAUUUGAGCCCGAAGAUGUUCACAAGACGUUGAUAAUUAUAAUACAAAAAAAAUUAAAAAAUAGAAUUCAAAAAGAAUAAUUUUUAAAAUUGAUUAGCAACUCAUGUUUAUUUUAAAACUGUGUACCAAUUUCUGAAACUUUUGCAGUGAAUUGUGACUGAAUAAAAAUUUCUCGGAUUCCAUCUAAUCUUGGUUCCAUGUGAUUGAUUCUGAAUAAUGUUUUUUGGUGGGUGUUUUUGGUCUUUGUUAGCCUCAGAACCUUUUGACUCUUCCUACCAGGCCAUACUGUACUGUACUGUGUUUCAGAUGGAGACAAAUAAAACAUGAUGGAACAUGU